CCAGUAGAUGCGCGCCGUGUAACAGCAGCAGCCAAUCGGGUGGUAGCAUUGACCGAUAGUGGGACUCGAUGGCCGCUAGGCUAGCGUGAGUUCAGUGGACGCGUUUAAAAAGCUUUGAAUUAACUGUUAAAUCAUGAUUUCUAGAUCAUCGUUGAUUUUAUUUGCAGCGUUCAGUGUUAGUUUAUGUGAUGACGGUCAUGAAAUGGAAGAGUUUUUAAAGAGAGAGUAUUCACUGUCCAAGCCUUACCAGGGUAUCGGUGUGUUGGGUUCAUCUCACUGGGAGCUGAUGGGAGACGCUCUGGUCACCACCGAUCACGUGCGUCUCACUCCAGACCAGCAGAGCAAACAGGGAGCCAUAUGGAGCCGACUACCGUGUCAUCUGAGGGACUGGGAACUACAGGUUCAUUUUAAGAUUCACGGUCAGGGGAAGAAGAAUCUGAACGGUGACGGUCUGGCCAUCUGGUACACCAAAGAGCGCAUGCAGAAAGGUCCGGUGUUUGGAAACAGGGAUUUCUUCACAGGACUUGGCAUGUUUGUGGACACCUACCCCAACGAGGAGAAACUCCUGGAGGCCCAGAGGAAGAGAUACACGCCCCGCACACAGAGGAUAUUCCCGUACGUGUUGGCCAUGGUGGGCAAUGGCACCAUCAGCUACGAUCACGAGCGGGAUGGGCGGCCCACAGAACUGGGCGGCUGUAACGCCAUGGUGCGCAACCUGAAGCACGACACCUUCCUGUUCAUCAGAUAUGUCCGGCGCAGACUCACGAUCAUGCUUGACAUCGACGGGCAGCACGAGUGGAGAGACUGUCUGGAUGUUCCUGGCGUGCAUCUGCCGCAGGGCUUCUACUUUGGCAUUUCGGCCAUUACUGGAGAUCUGUCAGAUAACCAUGACCUGAUCUCAAUGAAGCUCUACCAGCUUACCAUCCUCCGCAGCAAACAGGAGGAUGUGGAGGAGCCGGAGGUGCUGAUACCCAGCGUGGACAACAUGGAGCUACUGAGACCGUACACAGAUACGGAGGGCAUGAGCAGCAUCGCCAUCUUCUUCAGCGUGCUCUUCUCCAUGCUGGGUGUGUUUCUGCUGGUGGUGGUGGGACUCGUGCUGUACGGACACUGGAGAGAAAACAGACGGAAACGCUUCUACUGACCUACUCGUCUCAGCACUUCCUGUCUGAAUGUUUCUACACUGUAUGAAUGACGUGGUCCACUGAAGUUCUGACCGUAUGGACCUCUGAACACUCGACCCGUUGUCAAGUUUCAGCUUCAGUUGAGAUCAGACAUGAUGAUGAGAGCAUCACACGAUCGGAACUCUCCCAGCAUCCUGCGCUUCUGCUGCCUUCAUUCUCACAACAGACGCCAUAUUUAUUCUUUAUUAUUUAUUUAUUGUACAGAGCAUGUACCAUCUUGUUUUUUGCCAAAAUGAUUAUCUGUCUCGAUUCAAGUGGGAAAUCUAAAGGUCUUAUGGAAUCGAAAUUAAAGUUUUGUUGCUUUUACUCUUUUAUCUGUAUGCCGCUGCUGUAAUGCUAAACGUUGAGCAUUCAACACUUGAAAAUGUCUGUCUCUCUGAGAUUAAUGUAAAUGCUAUCGAAUGCUAAAGAUGACAAUGGCAAAGAACCCAAACUCCAUCAGGUGAUGGAAACCGGACUCCGUUGAGGGACCAGUUCUCCUCUGGUCUAAAUCAAGGGUAGGCAAGUUCAGUCCUAGACAGCUGCUGUUCUGCAGAGUUCAGCUCUAACCCCAAUCAAACACACCUUAACAAGCUAAUCAAUGUUUUCAAGAUUAUUAAGUCAAUAGGCAGGUGAGAUUGUUUCAGGGUUGGAGCUAAACUCUGCGAGACAGCGGCUUUGUAGGACUGAACUUGCCUACCCCUGGUCUAAAUGAACAAAUACAAUGAGGUUUAUCGUCAAGACUCAGAUCUGUGGACCGAUGUUACUGAAAAUCAGAUGGACAUCAGUCUUGACUCUGUAAUGAAAGAUCAUUCUCCAGGUCCAGUGAAUCUGAGAGACUACUUUUAACUUAAAAAAAAUAAAAACUAUUGAAAAAUACUUGAAAUUCCACCUGAAUGGCCAUGUUACCAUAAAGAAUCAGCUAUGAAGGGGUGUGAUCGUUUAGUGUGUGAGAUGCAGUGAGAAUGUGUUAAAAUCUGCAACUGUGCCAGUGUCAUCUAUGUUUCACUUCUUUGUGAAAGAGCUAUUGUGAAUAAGGAUUGUGCAUUUUGCAGGAAAGUGUGCAGAUUUUGAGUUGAUUAUGGCUGACAGGAGAGGACAGCACAAAAUCACAAGGAGGAUUCAGGACUAGUACCUUAACCUUCUCCCCUUUCAGAAUGGCCUGAGUGGAAAUCCUUAUUGUUUUUUGACAUCUGAGAUGACAGCAUCAGAGAUGCCUGU